UGAUGGGUAGCGUGCACUGAUGCCACUUUCGACUUUGGCAUUGCGCUCAGGCUGCAGUGGAGUGUAUCAAUGCAGCAUCCCGAGUCCUUACUUUUCAGUCUCAAAAUGGGGUUCUUUAGAGAGCGGUUCGGAAACAAGGCUAUCUCAUCUGUAUGACUGCCUCAUAGAGGACGCUUCGCCCACUCGUGGUUUUCAGCCAGAUGGAGAAGAGACCAUGUUAGGCACCCCAACAGAUGCUACCACGGUGAGCGCUGAUCUACGCAACCGUCUUUCGAUCGAUAACCUGGCUGCAGCAAUCAGCCAAUCAACACCAGCUCAGCUGCCAAUGUCUGACCAUUCUGAUCAGCAUUACGAUAAUGUAUGCAUUGACAAGCUUGCUGGCAAUGCAGCUGAUAUUGGCGUGAACGGACAGUUAGCCUAUACAGAAAGGGAUCCGGAAGUUCGUCAAUCAGAGGACUUUAUACUAACGAAGGUUCGCUUCAGUCAGGUAGGCAGCAAGCCGCCAGGUUGCUCGACUUCACUGGGGUCCCCUAGCCCGUCGGAUACCAAACGGGGUGGUGACCUAGAUACAUACGCAGUACCCAGUACAGAGUCGGCUGUACUUUCAUCCCCCAACGCGGAACAGCCUCCAACAAACCAUCUGUCGGAUAUAUCGACAAACAAAAACCCUUACAUCAGUGAACGGGACGCCAGUGCGGUGUCCACAGAGCCACCGGUGCGUUUCACGUUAGCUGACUACUUUGACAGUCUAAACAAUACACCCACCACCCCAAAACCCCUGCUACCUCGAUUGGUCGUGCCAGCACCGAAAAUGACGGGGCUACAAACCCCGGUUGAGAAGGCACUCGAGAUGUCACACAGCACCUCGUUGGACGAUAUUUCCGAUUCGUUACUUAACCCCGGUGGCAAUGGUAGUGAGUCCGCCUCAAGUUCCGUUACCUUCGGUCAUAUCCCCAUGGAUGCUGUGGAUUACCUUGUGAAACGUCGAUCAUUUUUACUCAUUUGCCUGGCCGAACGUUAUGAGGAACUUAUUCGACUGCUGGAUGAAGAGCUGGAGCUGACAGGACAACCACCGGAGAACUACAAUCAAUACAUGCACGAGUGCCAUGAUGCUCAGGCUGCCGCAAAGCGGUUGCGCGCUCCAGAACCAACAAAGAUAGAAGAGGAUGGCAGCAGAUCCUCAGACGUUAUCUCUCAAGCAGCCCUCGUGGUUCCCUCGGAUGACAUGGCAGCUAAGCACCCAAGAGGUGCUACAGUUGAGAGAAUGCAAGAUAAUGGAAAUCUUGGUUUCCCGUUAAAACAGCGUCUUUUGUUUUCAUUUCUUUCCCAACGAGAAGAUCCUGGACUAGAGAGACUUCGUACUGGUCUGUUGGGACAGCGGUUGCAAAAAACUGGGUUUCCAAUUUCUCCGAUGAACGUUCGCAAAUUUGGUGUGCACGUAUCACCUUCGUCUCAUAGUUUGAGACAGUCAAGUCUGCUUUCAUUGUCCGAUCAAGAAAAGCGAAGGAGCGAGGGAGUGUUGCCCCCUGUUGCAACGGCCUUUAAUGCGGAACGCUCACAAAGUUUUUAUAAACAAGGUGGGAUGCUAGAUAGCCGAGACCUGCGAGAUUCAAAAUGUAGUGAACAGAAUGGCAUGAGCAGGAAGGCGCCGGUUGGUAGAGGGUCUCAUAUAAAGUCCACCAGUAUGAGUGACAUCUAUUCCGGAGUGCGGGAAUCAUGGAUGGAUGCGAGCGAACUAGAAGAAAGUUCGAACUCAGUUGUCACCAUGGAGCGUGAUGCGGUGAGCUCGACCGAUAGAGAAUCCUCUCUUCAAGAAGCAGUGGCAGGCAAGGGAGAAGCGGAGAAUGGAGAAGGUCGGGAGUCAGAGUUGACAUGGAUAAAUGUUGAAUUAGAGGCCCUGCGUAACAUCAUGGAGGUGAAUCUUCGCCUGGCAGCUGACUCAAAGCGAAAAGAAGCAUCCAGGAAGGCAUAUCGACUUGCAGCCAGACAAAACGAGCAGGCAAUUAAUCAACUGGAAGAACAACGACGGAUCUUGUUGGGUCUUCCAAGUGGUGGCAAGGAGACAACACCCCUUACCAGACAUAAAGGCGGCAAAUCACGUGGAGGCAUCACGCGGAAGUCCGGAAACGCUCGGUCUGCCAGCGAAGUGCGAAUAUCAGCACCCUCAGACUCACUGAAUGGAAAAGCUUCCGGUCAGUCUAAGUUAAGCAGUUCAAGCACCGAGAAUGGCGCCGUCAAACACGUUUUGUUGCCUGCUCCAACCAACUCUGUAAUGUAUGACGGACUCGUGCAUACUGCACCGAUUUAUAACGAGCCGAUCCAGUCAAAACCAGACGCCAAUUCAUCUUUGAAUGUAAACGAACCGUCUGCACCCACUGCCAGCACGCCAGAGCCAGACGAAGAGCGAUUAAAUCGAAUGGGGACCUGCGGGGCUUUGCCAGCAUAUUCCAAGAACGAUUCCAAGAAACAAAACUCUCUCAUCAGUGAUCCACAGGCAGCAUCAAGCCCUAUUCAGAAUCCAUGUGUAAGAAGACUGACACGCACACCUUUCCCUAGAAAGGAACAGACAGUACCACCGGAUACGGAUCAUUCAGACGAUGGUAGAGAUAGUGGACGAGGCACACUUUUUCACUCCAGCCCUCACACUUGUGAUGAUUCCAAAGAUACGUACAGCACUGAAAACCGAACCUCCGUAGAUUCACAAGACUCUACUUGUUCUCCCACUCCGUGCACGUACAGAGGUAAUAAUUCUACUCCAGUCGUUGUACGUCAUCAUACGAUCCAAGCUAACUAUUACAAGGACACCAUGCCGUCGCCUGGCCCUCUUCAAUCCCAUUUUGAAGAUGGAAAUUCUCCAGUGGACUACAGGAUGCCGACCCAAGAAGCCUUCAUGUAUUCUCGUUUACCGGCUUACAAUAAUGGAAGUUAUCCCACCAGAACGGAUGGUUACGAGCUACCUUGUCGUGGAACAUUUGCAUUUACCUCACAUAUACCGUAUGAGGUUGAGGUGAAGAAAGCGACUCCCCCGUAUUCAGAUGAACCCUACUUUCCGGUUUCCCAUAGGGUUAUGCCUUCUAUGCAAAUGAGACCUGCCCACCAAGCAGCUAGUGUGCAAGAACUAUACGAUGUUUCCAGCGUUUCCGAUAUACAUGUUUUCGCACCAGAGUACAACAGACCACCACCCUAUCCUUCACUACAAGCUCACCGCUCCCAUCCAAACCCUCAAAACUUCAAUGUUGGAUCAAGAUCUCGGACUCCGGAUCCGAUGAGAUCUGCCACUCGAGGCAUUCGCCCGGUAGACUAUGAGAUACAGUUCGAAUCCCAGCCUCCCUCAGAUUCAGGCUACUAUCCAAACACUACCUCUCCCGGCUAUGAUCCACUGCCUCAUUCGUUCCAACCACUCUACUACGAUCGAACUCACUUCGCUAUGCCGACCCGUUCCUCUCCGUCAUUCUGGUCGUCUGAUACGAAUAUUUCAUGUACAGACGCCGUGAGCUCGAGGCAGUUCUACCUGAGCAGUCGCAGUCGUUACGUGAUAUUCCAUUUUGAAUGAAAUUUAUUACUGGUCACCGCUCAGUCUGACCAUGACAACGCGCGUUAAGUACUUCGACUUCGUCAUCGAAAACGCCACAGACGAAAACCCUCCAUAGCCCAUGAUUGGUGGCUGCAGUGUGCAAUCAAACGAUUCACUUCCUCAAUACAGCCGACCAAGUAUUUUUGUUUCAUCUACUUUAUUUUUCAGGAGCACGAUUAUGUAAACUGUAUAUCCUUUCAAAGAAGUUGAAUCAGAUUACGUUUUCAUUGCAUAAUGUACAUAAACAUUAAACUACGUAAAAGUGCC